AUGCGGUUCACCGUCAGCGUCUUGCUGGCCUGCGGGGUCCUGGGGCUCUGUCUGGCUGCCUCUGACCAAACUGUGAAAUGGUGCGUCACAUCAAAAGCAGAGAAUGACAAAUGCAAUGAUAUGAAAAGUGUCCUUCCAGUUUCAUGUGUGAAGACAUCUUCCUACUAUGAGUGCAUCCAGGCCAUUGUGGAUAAGCGAGCAGAUACUAUGACUCUUGAUGCAGGCUGGCUGUAUGAGGCAGGCCUGUCCCCCCACAAUCUGAAGCCUGUUGCAGCAGAGUUCCAUGGGACAAAAGAAAAUCCCAAAACUGGAUAUUAUGCUGUGGCUGUGGUGUUGAAGGACAGUGGCUUCCAAUUCAAUGAGCUCAAAGACAAGAAAUCCUGCCACACGGGCCUGGGCAGGUCUGCUGGGUGGAAUGUCCCUAUUGGCAAGCUUCUCUGCAGCUUUCCGGAGCCCCGUGUGCCAAUUGAGAAUGCAGUGGCCAACUUCUUCUCUGCCAGCUGUGUCCCCUGUGCAGAUCGGAAUAAGUUCCCCAAGCUGUGUCAACUGUGCCAGGGACCAGAGAAAUGUGCCUGCAACUCCCACGAACGCUUUUACGGCUACUCAGGUGCCUUGAAGUGUCUGCAGGAGGGUGUAGGUGAUGUGGCCUUUGUCAAGUCUGAGACAAUAUUUGAGAACCUGCCAGCGAAGGCUGACAGGGACCGGUAUGAGCUACUCUGCCCAGACAACACCCGGAAGUCUGUGGAUGAAUACAAGGAGUGCAACCUGGCCUGGAUUCCUGCUCAUGUUGUCGUGGGCCGAAGUGUGGAUGGCAAGGAGGACGAGAUCUGGGAGCUUCUUGACAAGGCACAGAAGCAGUAUGGCAAAGACAAGAAAGAAGGGUUCCAACUCUUCAGCUCCCCUCAUGGGAAAAAUCUGAUGUUCAAGGACUCUGCUGAAGGCUUUCUACAAGUACCCUCUGGGAUGGAUACCUGGACAUACCUGGGAUAUAACUAUGUCAAUAUCCUUCGCAAUAUAAAGGAAGGCAAAUGCCCUGAGAGUGAAUGCAAUCGGGUGAAAUGGUGUGCAGUGAGCCACCAUGAGAGGGCCAAGUGUGAUGAAUGGAGUGUUAACAGUGACGGAAAAAUAGAGUGUGAGUCAGCAGAGACCACCGAAGACUGCAUUGCCAAGAUCAGGAAAGGAGAAGCAGAUGCCAUGAGCUUAGAUGGAGGAUUCAUUUACACAGCUGGCAAGUGUGGUUUGGUCCCAGUCCUGGCAGAGAACUACAACGGCAGCGAUUGUAUGACAAAGCCAGAGCAAGGGUAUCGUGCUGUGGCAGUAGUUAAGAAAUCAAACCCAAGUAUCAACUGGAAGUCUCUGAAAGGCAAGAAAUCCUGCCACACUGCUGUGAGCAGGACUGCUGGCUGGAAUGUCCCCAUGGGCCUGAUCUACAAUGAGACCAAAUCCUGUGAAUUCGAUAAAUUUUUCAGUGCAAGUUGUGCUCCUGGGUCUGACGUAGAUUCCAAGCUCUGUUCUUUGUGUGCUGGUCCACAACCAAACAAGUGUGCUCCCAAUAACAAGGAGAUGUACUAUGGGUACACAGGGGCAUUCAGGUGUCUGGUUGAAGCGGGAGAUGUAGCCUUUGUGAAGGAUAAGACAGUUUUGCAGAAUACAGACGGAAGUAACCCUGCUGCGUGGGCUAAGGAUUUGAGUAGCAAUGACUUUGAGUUGCUGUGUCUGGAUAACUCCCGGAAGGGGGUGAAGGAGGCUGAAAGCUGCCACUUGGCCGAAGUCCCAAAUCACGCUGUGGUCUCACGGAAGGAUAAGGCAGAUUGUGUUCGCCAGUUGUUGCUCAACCAACAGACUGAGUUUGGGAAACAGGGAACUCAGUGUUCUGAGGGCAAGUUUUGCCUGUUCCGAUCUGAAACCAGUGACCUGCUGUUCAGGGAUGACACACAAUGUUUGGCCAACCUUCAGGACAAAACAACCUAUGAGAAAUACUUAGGAGAAAAGUACGUCAUAGCUGCUGAUAACCUGGCACAAUGUUCAACCUCACCAAUCAUACUACUUAGAAACUACCACUCCCGUGACACUCUGCUUGCUGCGCCUGCGCAGAACUUAGAGCCACGUCGCUGUUGAGGCGACAGAGACCACACUCCUGACGCCAAGCUCCUCAUGGCUUCCACCGACUCUCAGCGGUUUAAGGAUGGCGGCGGUGCUGGAGGAGCCUUCCAGCCAUACCUAGACUCGUUGAGGCAGGAGCUGCAGCAGAGAGACCCGACGCUGCUGUCAGUAGUGGUGGCGCUUCUCGCAGUACUGCUGACGCUAGUGUUCUGGAAGUUAAUCCGGAGCAGAAGGAGCAGUCAGAGAGCUGUUCUUCUUGUUGGCCUUUGUGACUCUGGGAAAACAUUGCUGUUUGUCAGAUUGUUGACAGGCCUUUACAGAGAUACUCAGACUUCCAUCACAGAUAGCUCUGCUGUCUACAAAGUCAACAAUAACAGGGGUAAUAGCCUGACCUUGAUUGACCUCCCUGGCCAUGAAAGUUUGCGACUUCAGUUCUUAGAGCGGUUUAAGGCUUCAGCCAGGGCUGUUGUGUUUGUUGUGGAUAGUGCAACAUUCCAGCGAGAGGUGAAAGACGUGGCUGAAUUCCUGUAUCAAGUUCUCAUUGACAGUGUGGGUCUGAAGAACGCACCAUCGUUCCUGAUAGCCUGCAAUAAACAAGACAUUGCAAUGGCAAAAUCAGCAAAGCUAAUUCAGCAGCAGCUUGAAAAAGAACUCAACACCCUGCGCGUCACCCGUUCUGCUGCCCCCAGCACACUGGACACUUCCAGCACCGCCCCCGCCCAGCUGGGAAAGAAAGGCAAGGAAUUUGAAUUCUCCCAGUUGCCCCUCAGAGUGGAGUUCCUGGAGUGUAGUGCAAAGGGUGGAAAAGGGGACAGCGACCCUGCUGACAUCCAGGAUGUGGAGAAAUGGCUGGCUAGAAUCGCCUGA